GGUCGACCCUCCAUUUUUGUUGGAGGUCAUUUCCUUGUGACGUUUCUUACCAUGCCAGUUCGAUCAAAAUAAAAUGCAGAUGAUGGCUUUGUCAAGUACAUGGUCACCAAUUUUAGUUCACUUUGCCGUGCUGAGCUACCCUUUCUAAUAGAAUAGAUCCUAAUGCAAACAUCAUAGAGUAUCACUAACAUGUUUUACAUCAUUGUACAUUGUGACCGUGAAGAUUUCUGUUCUUGUCAGUAUGGAACAAUGUCAACGAAAUAGGCUUGCAAUAUUUCCCCAGUCUAGCGUUGCGCUCUAUUGCUUUCUUUAUCACAUGAUGGUAUAUAUCCCAGAUACGAUAAUGACAUCAUUCUUUCUAAAGAAGAUAAUUGCAGGUAAGCCUGUCAUUUCUGCUGAAGGACAUUUCCUUGUGACGUGUUAUCCGUCACGUCGCACAGUGUUUAUCGCUCCCAGCCAAGCCAAGCGCCAUGAUCUAAUUACAGUCCUGACGAUUUGGGUUUGUUGUACCAUAUGCCCCUAGCGGUGACGUAAAGAUGUUCAAGCAAAAGUGGAGAGUGAGAAUUUUGGCCGGUCUUGUGGCCUGCUGUCAGUCUGGAUGGCUGUCAGCGGAGGGACCAUAACAAGGCACCUAGUUCGAUCAAAACGAUACUCAGAUAAUCCAUUUAUCAAGUACAGGCUAGCAAACUUCAUAUUGCUUGGCCAUACCUAGAUACCGAUGAUUAACUACAUGUAUAUCUAAUGUAAACUUUGAAGACUGUCACUGACCCACCUUUUUCUCCCCCUAGUUCACCAAAUGUGUUUUUACACAUUAAUUUCUCUUGUUGUUUUCAUGGAACAAAUUAGCUGUGUUAACCCUGUCCAACGUUGCGCUAAACUUUUUUCUUGAAUACACGAUAGUGUUUGUUCCUGACAUGACAUCAAGUAUUUUUGACACAGUUGCAUCGAAGAUAAUUGCAAUUAAACGCCGAAAUAUCAUUUUUACUGAAGGUCAUUUCCUUGUGACCUGUUAUCGGUCACGCCAUAUAGUGACAUGUACUAAAAUCGCCCCCUAGCGGUUAAAGUACCCAGUUCAGGCAAUAGUGGACAAGUGAGAAUUUGGCUGGUCUUGUGUUGUGGUCUGCUGUACACUGUCAAUCUGAAAAUCAUAGAUGAGCGAAACAUACUGUGUUUUUAAAGCAAGGCCCCUAAGUUACAAAGACGUAGGAUAUUUUAGAUAAUGCAAAUAAAAGGAACCUAAGAAAAUAUAUGUCAAGGAACUCAAAUCAAAGUCAUAACAUAUACAUGACAAGGCGCCCCCACCAUAUCAACGAAAGAAAUAAAAACUAAAAGAAUUUUAGCUCUAUAUCAAAGAUGAAGGCCUGAAAUCUAUCCGUGAACGCUACAGUUGUACACCAUCUCCGUUCUAACUCCGCAUCUUCCUUCGAUUAAGGCCCCAAAGAUGAACCUCCUGCGGGCCAAAGUCGUGAUAGUGACUGCGGUGCUGUUGAUGUUCCUCAUUGAUGACACCGCCGCUUGGUGGAGAUCUAGACGUCGCCGCCGCCGCCGCUGCAGCUGGCGCGCCUGUGUGUGGGGUGGCUGGAGCGAUUGGACAGCCUGCUCCGCUACGUGUGGCUUUAAUGGAACACAAACACGAUCGAGAGUCAUCGCUGUGUCAGCAGCGUGUGGUGGAACAGCUUGCUCUGGGCCCAGCAGUCAGACCCAGGACUGUAACAGGAGGUGCUGUCUUCGAAACUGCCAGUGGCACAACUGGAGCCCUUGGAGCGCCUGUACGGCAACCUGUGGAAGCACUGGAACCCGAUCAAGAACAAGGGGUAACACACCAGCAUAUUGUGGAGGCAGCGGAUGCAGCGGUUCCAGCAGCCAGGUAGAAGCCUGUAACAGGCAGUGCUGUCCUGUGAACUGCCAGUGGAGUUCCUGGGGUUCCUGGAGCUCCUGUUCGGCAAGCUGUGGUUCCGGAACCCAGACACGAACAAGGAGCAUUGCUGUACCAGCAUCUUGUGCAGGAAGAGCAUGUGUUGGAGGCACCACGGAGAGCAAGUCAUGUAACGGGGGAUGUUGUCCUAGAAACUGCGAGUGGCACAACUGGAGCUCUUGGAGCGCCUGCACAGCUUCAUGUGGGAACAGUGGAACCCGGAGCCGAACAAGGGGUAACACAACAGAAUAUUGCGGCGGUAGCCAAUGCAGUGGAGACAGCAGCCAGGUGGAAGCAUGUAACAGAGGUUGCUGCCCUCAAAACUGCCAGUGGCACAACUGGAGCUCUUGGAGCGCCUGCACUGCUUCAUGUGGGAACAGUGGAACUCGGAGUCGAACAAGGGGUAACACAACAGAAUAUUGCGGCGGUAGCCAAUGCAGUGGAGACAGCAGCCAGGUGGAAGCCUGUAACAGAGGUUGCUGCCCUCAAAACUGCCAGUGGCACAACUGGAGCUCUUGGAGCGCCUGUACGGCAACCUGUGGUAGUAGUGGAACCCAGUCUAGAACAAGGGGCAGGACGUCGGAACAAUGCGGUGGCAGGGAAUGCAGUGGUUCCAACAGGGAGGUACAAGCCUGUAACAGGCAGUGCUGUCCUGUGAACUGCCAGUGGAGUUCCUGGGGUUCCUGGAGCUCCUGUUCGGCAAGUUGUGGUUCCGGAACACAGACACGAACAAGGAGCAUUGCUUGGCUAGCAUCUUGUGCAGGAAGAGAAUGUGUUGGAGGCACCGCGGAGAGCAAGUCAUGUAACGGGGGAUGCUGUCCUAGAAACUGCCAGUGGCACAACUGGAGCACUUGGAGCGCCUGCACAGCUUCAUGUGGGAACAGUGGAACUCGGAGUCGAACAAGGGGUAACACAACAGAAUAUUGCGGCGGUAGCCAAUGCAGUGGAGACAGCAGCCAGGUGGAAGCCUGUAACAGAGGUUGCUGCCCUCAAAACUGCCAGUGGCACAACUGGAGCUCUUGGAGCGCCUGUACGGCAACCUGUGGUAGUAGUGGAACCCAGUCUAGAACAAGGGGCAGGACGUCGGAACAAUGCGGUGGCAGGGAAUGCAGUGGUUCCAACAGGGAGGUACAAGCCUGUAACAGGCAGUGCUGUCCUGUGAACUGCCAGUGGAGUUCCUGGGGUUCCUGGAGCUCCUGUUCGGCAAGUUGUGGUUCCGGAACACAGACACGAACAAGGAGCAUUGCUUGGCUAGCAUCUUGUGCAGGAAGAGAAUGUGUUGGAGGCACCGCGGAGAGCAAGUCAUGUAACGGGGGAUGCUGUCCUAGAAACUGCCAGUGGCACAACUGGAGCACUUGGAGCGCCUGCACAGCUUCAUGUGGGAACAGUGGAACUCGGAGUCGAACAAGGGGUAACACAACAGAAUAUUGCGGCGGUAGCCAAUGCAGUGGAGACAGCAGCCAGGUGGAAGCCUGUAACAGAGGUUGCUGCCCUCAAAACUGCCAGUGGCACAACUGGAGCUCUUGGAGCGCCUGUACGGCAACCUGUGGUAGUAGUGGAACCCAGUCUAGAACAAGGGGCAGGACGUCGGAACAAUGCGGUGGCAGGGAAUGCAGUGGUUCCAACAGGGAGGUACAAGCCUGUAACAGGCAGUGCUGUCCUGUGAACUGCCAGUGGAGUUCCUGGGGUUCCUGGAGCUCCUGUUCGGCAAGUUGUGGUUCCGGAACACAGACACGAACAAGGAGCAUUGCUUGGCUAGCAUCUUGUGCAGGAAGAGCAUGUGUUGGAGGCACCACGGAGAGCAAGUCAUGUAACGGGGGAUGCUGUCCUAGAAACUGCCAGUGGCACAACUGGAGCACUUGGAGCGCCUGCACAACUUCAUGUGGGAACAGUGGAACUCGGAGUCGAACAAGGGGUAACACAACAGAAUAUUGCGGCGGUAGCCAAUGCAGUGGAGACAGCAGCCAGGUGGAAGCCUGUAACAGAGGUUGCUGCCCUCAAAACUGCCAGUGGCACAACUGGAGCUCUUGGAGCGCCUGUACGGCAACCUGUGGUAGUAGUGGAACCCAGUCUAGAACAAGGGGCAGGACGUCGGAACAAUGCGGUGGCAGGGAAUGCAGUGGUUCCAACAGGGAGGUACAAGCCUGUAACAGGCAGUGCUGUCCUGUGAACUGCCAGUGGAGUUCCUGGGGUUCCUGGAGCUCCUGUUCGGCAAGUUGUGGUUCCGGAACACAGACACGAACAAGGAGCAUUGCUUGGCUAGCAUCUUGUGCAGGAAGAGAAUGUGUUGGAGGCACCGCGGAGAGCAAGUCAUGUAACGGGGGAUGCUGUCCUAGAAACUGCCAGUGGCACAACUGGAGCACUUGGAGCGCCUGCACAGCUUCAUGUGGGAACAGUGGAACUCGGAGUCGAACAAGGUGCAUAGAAUCUUAAACAUGGUUAUCUUUGCUAUCAGUCUAAAAGAUAUUU